GGACAAGUGUCCCCAGUGGAAGAGCUGGGCUGAGCUAAUACUGGGGCAGGCCGAGGGUCCCGGCUCGUACAUCAUGAACUACUUCAUGUACAUCUACUGGGCUCUGUCCUUCGCUUUCCUGGCCGUCUGUCUGGUGAAGGUGUUCGCUCCGUACGCCUGCGGCUCUGGGAUCCCUGAGAUUAAAACCAUCCUGAGUGGGUUUAUCAUCCGGGGCUACCUGGGCAAGUGGACCCUGAUGAUCAAGACCAUCACUCUGGUGCUGGCUGUGGCGUCCGGCCUCAGCCUGGGGAAAGAGGGGCCCCUGGUGCACGUGGCCUGCUGCUGUGGGAACAUCUUUUCCUACCUCUUCCCCAAGUACAGCAAGAACGAGGCCAAGAAACGAGAGGUUCUCUCUGCUGCGUCGGCCGCCGGAGUGUCUGUGGCUUUUGGAGCCCCGAUAGGAGGAGUUCUCUUCAGCUUAGAGGAGGUGAGCUACUACUUCCCUCUAAAGACGCUGUGGCGCUCCUUCUUCGCCGCCCUGGUGGCAGCCUUCGUCCUGCGCUCCAUCAACCCCUUUGGUAACAGCCGUCUGGUGCUGUUCUAUGUGGAGUACCACACGCCCUGGUACCUGUUUGAGCUCAUCCCUUUCAUCCUGCUGGGAGUGUUCGGAGGUCUCUGGGGAGCUUUCUUCAUCAGAGCCAACAUCGGCUGGUGCCGGCGGCGCAAGUCAACGCGCUUCGGAAAGUACCCGGUGUUGGAGGUGAUCCUUGUGGUCGUCAUCACAGCUGUGGUCGCCUUCCCGAACCCUUACACGCGUCAGAACACCAGCGAGCUGAUAAAGGAGUUGUUCACUGACUGCGGCCCUCUGGAGUCCUCCCAGCUGUGUCAGUACCGCAGCCAGAUGAACGGCAGCAAAGCCUUCAGCGACAACCCCAACCGGCCGGCGGGGCCUGGCGUCUACGCCGCCAUGUGGCAGCUCUGCCUGGCGCUCAUCUUUAAAAUCAUCAUGACCAUAUUCACAUUUGGUCUCAAGGUUCCGUCGGGCUUGUUCAUCCCCAGCAUGGCCAUCGGGGCGAUAGCAGGCAGAAUCGUUGGCAUUGCAGUGGAGCAGCUGGCGUAUUACCACCACGACUGGUUCCUGUUCAAAGAGUGGUGCGAGGUGGGAGCUGACUGCAUCACUCCAGGGCUGUACGCCAUGGUGGGGGCUGCAGCGUGUCUGGGGGGUGUGACUCGAAUGACCGUCUCCCUGGUGGUCAUCGUCUUCGAGCUGACGGGCGGGUUGGAGUACAUCGUCCCACUCAUGGCUGCCGUCAUGACCAGCAAAUGGGUGGGUGACGCAUUUGGCCGCGAGGGAAUCUACGAGGCUCACAUCCGUCUGAACGGAUAUCCCUUCCUGGACGCCAAGGAGGAAUUCACGCACACCACGCUGGCCAGGGAGGUGAUGAGGCCACGACGCAGCGAGGCGCCGUUAGCGGUGCUGACGCAGGACGACCUGACUGUGGAGGAGCUGCAAGGCAUCAUCAACGAAACCAGUUAUAACGGUUUCCCUGUGAUAGUGUCCAAGGAGUCCCAGAGGCUGGUGGGCUUUGCUCUGCGGAGGGACAUCACCAUCGCUAUAGAAAACGCCCGUCGUAAGCAGGAGGGCAUCGUGUUAAACUCCCGGGUGUACUUCACUCAGCACGCACCCACCCUGCCGGCCGACAGCCCGCGGCCCCUCAAGCUGCGCUCCAUCCUGGACAUGAGCCCCUUCACCGUCACCGACCACACGCCCAUGGAGAUCGUGGUGGACAUCUUCAGGAAGCUGGGCCUGCGCCAGUGCCUGGUCACUCACAACGGGAUUGUGUUGGGCAUCAUCACAAAGAAGAAUAUAUUAGAACAUCUGGAGGAGCUCAAGCAGCACGUGGAGCCCCUGAUUGACGACAUGUGACCCGUCGCCUUAACAACCACUUGGCGAGUAGCUAGCCGCUUCACGGCCACGGUUGUUUUUCAUGUGUAGUGAUUUUAUUCCCAUGUUCCCCCUCAUUCUGUAGCGGUAGCGAGCGCUGUGGUGACGUUGUUGUUGGUGCUAGUCGUGACUUAGCCAGUUGGCGUGUUGUGAUAUGACCCUGAUGAAGAAACUAAUCCUGUGACCUGACCUGCACGUUUCCUUGAAGUCAGCGGUGCCAUGUACGAGUUCUAGAAAAGUUUACAGGUUUAUGUUGGAACAAAAAGGGAAAAGGAACGACCGUUUAGAACCUAUGUAGCUGAGGUGCAGUGAAUUCAUGAUGUUUGCAGAGUCAUUCUGGGAAAUGCAGGAAAUGUUCAGCUGCAGUUAAAGCUUGAAUAUUAACGACCAAACGAGCAGCGUGUUGAUCAAAGCAUCAUCACAUGAUGUGAUCUGUACAUUCUCCACUUAUGUUCUUUGUGUCUUCAGCGUCCAUUAUUUCUCGGAGCUUUAUCCUGUGUUGAAAUGUGUUUUUAACUUCAGAUGCAUUUUAAGCCACUAAAUUCCAGAAUAAAAAACAUUUAGACUUGACGCUGCUGACUUACAGGGAACGCUGCCGUCAGCCCUUCCUCUCUAACACUCUCUGAUCUGUACCCGAAACCUGAGUCUGAUCCUUGAGACGUCUCACCAGUGUUUCAUGCCUCCUGCUGCUCGGGAGCUUUAGCUCUAAUCUCAGCGACGUCAGAUCUGCUUCUCUCGCUCAGACCUGGGUUCAAAUGUUGGUUUCUGCUCGAUUCUGCUCCUGGUGCAUUUUGAUUUGACUCUGCAGAGUUCACUCUGAGAUGAAUGUUUAAUUAGAAACACACGAACCUGACAGUGUUAAAACAAAGCACGUUGAAGUGUUUGGACCCAGAUCUGCUUCUAACUGACGGACAACUUCCUCCAGCUUUUUAACCUUCAGAUGUUUCUCUCCACCUGAACU